UCGCCAGGCCUGGCCGCACAGAGCCGGGGCCGCGCCGUUGCAAUGUUCCGGCUGGGCCCGCUCGCCGUGCGCUGCGGUCCCCGCCUGGCCCGGGCCGGCCUCGGCCCGCCGCGCCCCCUGCUAACGCUGCGAUCCGCCGCCGGCAGCUCUGCCAAGCAUGCAGGUGGAUCCCCUGAAAAGACAGCCACAGAUCCCAGUGGUGAAAAUAAGAAACUCAACAAAACCCAGCAGCUGAAACAAGUUUUUAAAGAAUAUGGUGCUAUAGGGGUUUCAUUCCAUGUUGGAAUUUCAUUAGUAUCUCUAGGAAUCUUCUACCUGGCUGUGUCAAGUGGUGUCGAUAUGACUGCAGUUCUCCUCAAACUUGGUUUCAGUGAAUCAUCGUUGCAAUCUAAAAUGGCUGCUGGUACAAGCACAUUUGUGCUGGCAUAUGCUAUUCACAAAUUGUUUGCUCCAGUACGAAUCAGCAUUACUAUAGUUUCUGUGCCAUUUAUUGUCCGAUACUGCCGGAAGAUUGGUUUCUUCAAACCUCCUGCCUCAAAUCCAUGAUGAGGAUUCUUCACUGGUUUUUACUGUUUUUUUGAAAUGCUCUAUAUCCAUGUAGCUUUUUAGAUUGCUAAAUUUCUUUAAAAGACUUAUUUGGAUUCAUGUUAAUGCUGACCUCCUCUUGAAUUUCUUACUUGUUCUUUCAGGUAAAUGUUACACUGUGAAAAGUGCUGUCCUUACCUUCUUUCCCUUCUGCCACCUCUUCUCUAGAAAAACCUGUUAAAAUGGUAUCUGAUUUGCACUGCAAAUGGUAAUAUAAAUGCUUGAUGAUGAGCAGUCUCUUUAGAACACACAGUUCUGGGUCUUUAUAAUCUAGCUUUUUGGGCCUUAAUUUUUUCUUGUCAAAAUAGACUGGCAGCAUUAGUUUAUUACUGUGUAGCUGAGAAGCAGAUAAUCUCUUGCUAAUAGUCUGUGGAAUAAACAAUAUCCUACUAUAUGAAUAGUUCUUUUGGUAAAUGUAUAUAUUGGAAUCUAAGGUGGUAGGUGGGUAUGUCUUUUAUAACAAAAGGCGUAUAUUAUGACCCCAAUCUUGCAGUACAACACACAUGCUGAACUAACUUAAGUGGGAAUACCCAGAUGCUUAAGUAUUGCACAGUGAUAAUUGUUUUAGCCAGAAUAGGUGUUGCACUGUUCUGAAACUACAGCUCCUUUGUGGUGCUUCCAUGUUUCAAGAUUUUAUUUUUUGAAAAUGUGCUUUAUUUAUAGGUUAGGAACUGACUUUACUGAAGUCUUUUUUUUGUGUGUUUUAUACUUGUAGACUCAGAAGGAAUCCUGAGCCUACUGAAAUCAGUGUAACCAGAAUUACCUCUUAUUUGAACAAAUUCCAAAGAUAAUCAAGUCAGAGGCAAGGUAUCUGUGGGUUUUUAAUGUAUUGCUUUGUACUGGAUAAACUUUUUUUUUCUGAAAACUAACCCUAGCAGCUUUCUGCUUCUGUGGAUGAAAGUCAAAUCUGCACCUGAAAUCUGGACAUUACAAUUCAUAACUUCUCAAGAGCAAUUCCUGUGCCUCUGGCAGACUGUUGAAUGUACCAGCUAAAGGUGCUUUUCAUUUCUUUAUUGGGACACUAUUCCUAUUAGAAUGUAGUUGCACAUGCAUAUAUAUGCAUACCACCUUUCAGUUAACCUUAAGACUGGAUCCCAAAACUAGGUAGUCAGUGUGACAUUCUGUGCCAAACCUGGGUUUCAGGCUUAAGAAUGUGCUUCUGCAAGGCAGCUCAAGCCAGAUUUAUCAGUCUUUUGGACCUAGUUCUCAUUCCAGGCCUGUUCUUUUUACAUUACCUUUCUCUGCUUACACUUACCCCAAGGUGUCUCAGACAGAUCUGUUCAUACAGGAAUUUGAUUAAUUUAAAUAGCAGGAAGGUACCCUGCUGAUCAGUUGGGUGUUUGUUUUGGUGGGUUGGUUUAUUCGUUUUUUUUUGCUAAAAUUUAGUGAAUUGAGGAAGGACUCAUGGGGUUAGGUUGAAAGUUGGCUGAGGGAGGGAAGGAAGAGCAAUUAAUUUCUUUUUGUUAUGAGCAACCUAUGAACUCCAUUCAGCCAUAACAUUAAAUUGUACCCUAACUCCUUUCCCAGUCAGACAGUCCAACCCAUAGGCUGAGGGGGAGGCACUGAGGAUUCUCAGGCUCACAAGUGAGCAAGCAGCAUUUGUGCUCUAGGAAUAGGAGUCAUGGCCACAUCUGUUCUUAUACCUCUGUUAUUGCUACCUCUUGGUUAAUCAGAGGUUUUCUCUCAGAGGGAAGACUGGGAGAGGUAUUUUCCUUCAUCUGCCCUGUGCAAGGAAGCUGAUAUUAGAGACUGCCACCUGGAAACCUUGACAAGGGCUUGGUCUCAGCAGGGCUGUGCUGUUAGCCUAAGUGAGGGUUUGGCAUCUUCAGCUGGAAACAGUUGCAGCAGUGAGCAGGUACCCCUGCUAGAGGGUUGAUGUACAAUACAAAUGUAACCAUACAUGACAUAUGUAAAGAUGCAUUACAUAGUUAAACAGUGCCCGAAAUACCAGCCUUAGGAGCAGGGUGUACAGAGAACUUGCCUUGCUGUAAGCUGUUACUGACAGAACUUACCAUGCACAGCUGCUUGGCUUGCUUGUAAGAACAUGGAGCCAAUGGUCUCCUGUUCCCUGUACCCAUGAGUGCUACAAGAAUGGCUGUCAAGUUCAUUUUGACUAGCUGCUUAUUUAAAAAAAAGACUGGAUUUUUUCCUGUUUCAUGCUUGCUUUGCAGUAUGGCUGGAGAAGCUGGCAGUUUGUCCAACUUGCUGCUAUCUGAGCCAGCUCUAGAGCUUAAGUUUCAAUGAAGCUCUGCCUUUCCCAUUGCCUAACCUGUGUGAUUAUUAUACCUGUUAUGUAGAUGGAAGCUUACUACCCACUGUUUAACAGGUAACAACUGUACUAUUGUCACAGCAGUUGAAGGGUUACUAUGGUAUGACAACAUAGAACCAGCACUGCUGGAGCUUUCUAUGAACUACUACAUUCCAGAACAGCUAGAGUUAAUUUCAAGUGAGCAGUCAAUAUUUCUUAAGCUUUAUUUCAGCUUUCUUUCCUGUUCAGAGAAGCAUGUGUUUUUUUAUUACAUGCCCUCUCCAUAGCAGUUCAGGUCAAUGCUCUAUUACUACAGAUAAUAGAAGAGUUCCAGAAUAGUUAUUUUCUUCAUUUAAACAUCAGUUCUGAUAAUUAAGUUCUAUCCUUAAAUUGCUAAAAAAAAAAAAGGAAUAUUCAAGCUUUUUCUUUCAAAAAAACUUUUCAUAAAGCAGGAAUAAUUUAAAGCUAAUGCACCUAAAAGUUAAUAAAAGUCACCAGCACUAACUAGACAUUUUCUUGCAGUAAAGAAACACAGCUUCAUUUAAAUUAUGACCAGAAAUCAGAUUACCUAUUAAGAUAAAUAUGGUUGUAUAAACUACUGGCAAUGUUAGAUGAAGUUUUUUUGCAAGGUACAUUUUGAGAAUAUAUUUUGAAUUCUAGAAUCCUUGACUUGUAAAAUGAUCAUUUUUUUAAAUGGUUUGUAAAAUAGUAAAGAUGACCUUAAAGUCUUAUAAUGAAAAUAUAAUAAAUUGCUUUCUCUUAGUU